AUGUUCUCGUUCGCUUACGCAUUUCUGGUGGCAGUUGGCCUACUAGUAGCAAAGUUUCUCUAUGUUGGUCUUACAUGUCCAACAAAGCAUCUACCUGGCCCUUGGUAUACCCGCUUCACGCAUUACCGUUUGAAGCGUGCAGUAAUAACGGGACAACGAAUUUUCUACAUUGACUCCCUUCAUGAACAAUAUGGACCCAUCGUGCGACUCUCGCCAAACGAAGUCGCCGUUGCGGACCUCGAUGCCUUCAAAGAGAUCCACAAGAUCGGUACCAAGUACAUGAAGAGCGAAUGGUACCUUCGACUUGCGAACUUCCCUAAAGCUGGUGUAUUUACUAUGCUUGACCCGCGUGAACAUGGACCACGAAGGAAGCUAUUGUCAAGGUCGUUCAGCAGGACCUAUCUUGUUGAACAUUGGGAGUCGGUCGUCAGAGACAAAGCGCUUAUGGCCGUGACAAAGAUUAAAGCGGAUGCCAUGCAAAGCACUGCCGAUGUUUACAACUGGUGGAUGCUUCUUGCUUCGGACGUCAGUGCCCACCUCGCUUUCGGAGAUUCAUUCGGCAUGCUGGAAUCUGGACAUCAAAACCAAUUUAUGCGUGUGCUGAAGAAACUGACAAUGGGAGCGGGUAUCAUGGUCGAGAUGCCUUUCCUCCGCCUUCUACGCUUCGUUCCAGUCCCUGCAGUACAAGAGAUGUUCAACGCCAACGAGUUCAUCCUCGCUGGCGCAGGCAAAGCCGUAGAAACAGCACGAUCGCGCACCGGCGAGAACAACAUCUUCGCCAAGGUCAUCGAAGACUGUGAGAAAGAAGGCGAAGGCCACAUCGACGACAUGGACGUCAGAAUCGAAGCCAUGAACGUCAUCAUCGCAGGUACCGAUACGACAGGUGUCACAUUGACUUACCUCACAUGGGCGGUGCUCCAACGACCAGAGCUGCAAGCGGCACUCGAAGCUGAGACUGCGGCUCUGGAAGAAGGUUUCACUGAGAACGAUCUUAUCAAACUCCCGCUUCUUAAUGCAGUCAUUGAAGAAACUCUACGACUCUACGGUGCCGCACCAAGUAGCUUGCCACGAGUUGUACCCCAAGGCGGCACAAAAUUUGCAGGACAUUACAUCCCACAAGGCGUGACGGUUGAUACGCAGGCAUAUACUUUUCACCGCGACCCUAAGAUCUGGAGUGAUCCUUUGACUUUCAACCCACAACGCUGGAUCGCCGACAAAGAAGGUAUGGUCGCAGAAGCUCAAUCUCCUGCCGCUAAACUCGCUUUCCAUCCUUUCGGCGCUGGUGCGCGAUCAUGCAUUGGUAUUCAUCUAGCACGUAUGGAGCUGAGAUAUGCUGUUGCAUAUUUCUUCCGCGACUGCCGCGGCAUAAAGUUGGCGGGUAGUACGACGCCUGAGAGUAUGGAAUUUGAGAACUUCUUUUUGAUCGCACCGAAAGCGCAUCGCUGUGAGAUCACAUUCAAGCAGGGAAGAUAG